GUAGUAACUUGUUAAUAAAUAUGGCUGCUAAAACCCAUGUGGAUAGUAGUGUUGGUGAACGAAGACUUCGUCCAAUAUAUGAUUGGCUGGACAUUGGCAAUAGUAAGAAGGCACUGCAGGAAGCAGACAAAGUUCUGAAGAAGCAGCCAAAUUUUCAAUGUGCAAAGGUACUGAAAGCACUUGCCCUUCUGCGUAUGGGCAAAAAAGAAGAAUGCAUCGAGCUUCUGGAGGCAGUUCGGGCAGAAGUUCCAUGCGACGACUCUACUCUACAGGCUAUGACAAUAUGUUACCGAGAAAUCCACAGGCCGGAGAGAAUAUGCGAAAUUUACGAAGCAGCUACAAAGAAAGACCCUACCAACGAAGAGCUGCUUACACAUCUCUUCAUGGCAUAUGUACGUGUUGCCGAUUACAAAAGACAACAUCAAACUGCCCUGAUGCUUUACAAAUUGAAGCCGAAGAACCCAUAUUACUUUUGGGCUGUUAUGAGUGUGGUGAUGCAGGCAUACAAGGCAGAUGACAAACUAUCAAAGAGCAUUGUUUUACCAUUAGCUGAGAGAAUGGUUGAAAAAUUUGUGAAUGAAGAUAAAAUUGAGGCAGAACAAGAAGUCCAGUUGUAUCUUAUGAUUCUGGAAAUGCAGGGAAAAUACAGUGAAGCACUUGAUGUUGUGACUGGCCCACUAGGUGAAAAACUGGUAUCAUAUGUGCAUGUCCCGUACAAGAAAGCUACUCUUCUCAUGAAGUUGAAGCGCUGGCGACAGGCCAAUCUCCUUUUCAAGCUAAUGCUGAAGGAAGACAUGGACAGGUGGUCAUACAUUACUGAGUACUUAUCAUCAGCAUUGAAACUAAUUGAUUCGGGCCAAGCAGACCCCAGUGAAGGGAUACCGGGUGCAGAUUCCACGCCAGAAGCAGUUCGGGACUUCCUUGCACGUCUGGUUCGAGACAACGAAACAAAACUACCACGUCGGUUACGGGGCCCUUACCUUGCACGUUUGGAAAUGUAUCGACUUAUGGCAGAGCGAGGUGAUCAUCCUGAGGCUCUAUUAGGUGACAUUGUGGACUUGAUGAUGGCGUACUUCAGGAAUUUCAGCGAUAAACCUUGUUGUGUGUCUGACUUAAAGAGGUUUGUUUCCCUUCUGCCCGAGGAUCGCCACCAGGAAUUUGUAUCUCAAGUGGAACAGACUGUUGGACUGCAGGGUAGAGAAAUGCCAGCAACGGUACGGCAAAUGCAACAACAUAUAAGUAGCAUACAGUUGGUGCGUACUAUGGGCCUACAUUCGCAACUGACUGAUGGUGAAAGACUAGAAUUGGUAACACACUUACUCAGGUGUUACGAGCAUGGAAAGUGUUUCAAUGCCGGCAGCCUGCAGACUGAAUUUGGGAGUAAUGAUUCAUACGCAUUGUUGGCUGCACAUGUGCUGUAUGAAGCGUGGACUGUGACAAAUGACAGCUCUCAUCUCAGGGAAGCAUUAGACUUAUUGGAGUGUGUCCUUGCCUCAAGCCCAUCAAACUUUCAUGUCAAACUGUUGCUAGUCAAGAUUUAUAAUAUGUUAGGUGCAGGAGCAGCUGCACAGCAAAUAUAUGAUCUAUUGGAUAUCAAGCAUAUGCAGCUGGAUUCCUUGGGUUAUCUACACUGUAGCCACCUCUACAUUGCUGGUCAGUUAACAGCUGCCAGCACCUUGUAUGAAAAUACACUGAAAUUUUUCAGCGGUAAUUACAAAGAUAGUGUGGACCACCUGACCUUCUCUUACAAGUUUGGCUCAUUCUUAAAGAUUGAGGAGUUUGUUGAGUUCAGGGAACGACUGAACAAUUCAAUUCACUAUGCAAUUAUCUCAGUGGAACAAAAGCUACUUGAGCUUAUGAGUUGUAGAUCACAUGCUCAGACAUCAGUUUUUGUAACAGCAAUGGAGAUAAAUCCAGCAAAAGAUAAAAUAGAUUGGAACAGUUUACAAGAUAAUCGUGACUUGACUGUGAUGCUGUCAUGGGAGCCUGUUUCAAGGCAGAUGUCUCCAGAAAUUGUGCAGCAGACAUUUGCUGAUGAAAAGGCUUUCUUAAAAUUUCGUAGUCUGAUUUUGCGGUGCCUGGGUGCUGCAUUUUCAACAGUUCCUCAGUCUGCUGAUGUUUGCUGCCAAGGUCAUCAUGGAAAUUCUCACCAUAAAAGCAACAGUCAAAAAGCUCAUGUGAACAAUAACAACAACAUUGGUGGUAGCAACAGCAACAACAAUGCUGACAUCAUGAAUGGAGAACUGGACUGUGAUUCAAGGACCCUGUUAUCUUCUCUCACAGAUGAGCUAAUGGAGCUGCAAGCAGAACUGGAACACAGGAGUUCAGUGAAAACACUUAUGGAUGUGGUCAGUGCGCCUUUGCCAUCACGAUUACAUGGCUACCUGAGCUGCCCAUUGUACAUACAACUCUUGGUGGAGAUGUUGCGGUUAGUAUCUUCAGUAUCUCGUGGAGAUGAUGCAAGUGGUCAAGCCACAAUGUUUCUUUGUGGUAAAGCUGCUGGAUUAGCAGAAGCUGCUGCCAUGCGAGUUUCCUCAAGAAUACGUUCUGAAGAAUCCCUUUCAGCAAUGGAGCAACUUGGCAACCGUCACAGUUUGUUGGAGACUGCAGUCAUAACUAUUGAGUCUAUUAGCCUGGCAGUCCUACUUUGUGGUGUUUGUCAUAGUCACCUAAAACCAUUAGUUACACCUGUUCCAAAGAAAGGAAAGAAGAAAAAAGAUGCAACAGUAAAUCAACAGGCGCAAGCACCACCAGUGCCAACGAGGCAGCUGAUAGCAUUCGGUCAGCUGGUGCGACUUCUGGGUGAGGCAACUGAUGAGUUAUCAGGUGCUCUGGAAUAUUGGCGUACACUGCAGCUGGCACCAGAAUUGGAUGCUGUGGUGACAAUUUCAGAAGAAACUAAACAACAUAAGAAUGUUGUCAAUACUCGCAUUUCUGAUAGUCAUCGUGGUUCUCUUUCAGAGCUUUUGCAUGUACUCGACAUUAAGAGGAAAUAUCUUGCCUCCUUCGGUAUUGGCACCGUCUGACUCAAGUCACAGUCCGCGUGAGAUCUAUUUGCGCGGAUGUCAGAUGCCUGUAAUGCCUAAAUCUGUAGGGUGGUAGAUCUCUCCGAACAUGACAUCAAGAGUGUUGGAAGCUGACACAGUUUCCAUGAUUAAGAACUUGACAUGUGUGACGUUGUCUGGGUGUACAUUGCCCUGUGAGUAUCUGGUUACAGUAUCCAUUUCUGUUCGUAUUCACAUGCUGCAUUAUUGUAAUGUGAUCUCAUUCAAAGAAUUUUGAUUUUAACAUGUGGCACGCCAGACAUUUUACAAGUGAUUAGAUUUAAUCUCUGCAAAAUGUGAAACAUAAUGGAAAUGCCAAGCUGUGUUUUACAAAUGAAUCAGAUUUGAACACAUUUCCUUCUGAAUGUAUAGGUACCAAGAGGACACACAUUGUUUGUCACAGAAUCAGAUUAGAUGUGAUAAAUGGUCCAUAAUAAUGGUGAAAUAAGGGAUAAAACUAUGAGAAUCAGUACAUAUAUAAUUCUGUCGACAGAUGGUGCAAAAAAACUGAUUGGCAAAUUGUGUUUGUGUUUAACACAAAAUGAAAGCUUGUUCAUGCUCAGAAGAAAGGCACUUAUUAUAUGUAUACUGUUGUAAACUAUUUAUUUUAAAUAGAAGUCAGACAUUGUAAUUGUCUGCUCAUUAUAGAUAUUUUUCUUCUUCACAGAGCUGUAAUAAACAUUUAUAUUUUUUUCUAAAAUCUCAAUUCCUUUUUUGCUUUAUUUAUUCUAGCAUUCAUUUUCAUUUGUAACAUGUAUAUGUGUUGUCAGUAAAGACUGUGUAAGUGUGGAAACACGGAGAUGAACAUUUAGUAACUUUAUAAUAUUUUGUACACAUAAUCGUGCUAAUUUUGUAUAUUUAUCUUCACAAGUCUGUGUACAAAUGUCACUGGAAGUUCACUUCAUAGUAUUCUUAAAUUUCUUAUGCGAUACACUUUAGUCUAUUUUAAAUAUUCUGCUGUUGGUUAUUGUGUUACCACAAAUUUCACGAUACUGCAUUUUUAAAAAAGUAUAAUUCUAUAUUGCCUAGUUCUGAAAGUUUCGUUGCUGCCAACUUAAUAAUAUUUGAAAUUCAAUGUCUGUAAUGAAGUCUUGCAAAUAAUUUAACAGUAUUUCAUUCAAAUCAUUAAUUUGGUUAGCAGUUACAAAUUAGUCAUUCAUAUGAUUGGUAAUAUUGUGAGUGGCAACAUUUCUCCUCUUACAGUUAACAUUGCGGAGGAGUAGUGAACUAAAUAAUAAAAUAUAUUUUUUGUAUAGAUGUGGGAAGAGAUCUACAGUUUGGAUUUUACGAGCUACUUACUUAAGUGAGGUGCUCAUCUUUCCAUGUGUGAGAUGUGAUCAAAAUAUGUAUGGUCUUUUACUUCAGUCUUCACUGUAUGUUGUAUAAAAGUAACAGCUACUAUGCAUACGUAUAAGAAUUUUUCAUUCUGUAUGAAAUGAGUUUCAUAGUUCUGGAAUUUUCGUAAUGUUACUUAUUAAUAAUAUGUGUCUGUUUCUGAAAAUAUUGUACAAAAACAAAUAUUGAAUAGCAAGAAUCUUGCUCAGUAAGGCAGAAUUAUUUGCAUUUUCUUGCACUGUCGGUGAAAAAAAUAGUUUUUAUGUGCAAUUUGAACUUUUUUUACAUUUUUAAACCUAACACUUUGGAGGCCAGUUACUUAGAAGAGCUGCAUAGAAGAAUAUUGAGCCUAGGAAACUGGCAGUUUUUAUGGUGUUAUUUUAUGCAUUGCUGGCACAUAUAUAAUUGAUGUACCUUCAGUUAAUAUAAAUUAAAGAUUUGUUUUCAUUUUUAUUUUAGUUCUUUGAUAGGUUACAAACUUUGAAAUCAUGAUGACAGAAAGUAUAAUUGUCCUCCCAAAAAAAAAAAGUGUGAGGUGAGCUAUUGAACAAUUUCUUCCUCUUGAGCUUCCAAAAUUUCUUGCUCACUCAGCAAAUGUAACAUGUUUAUAGCAGUAUUAUGACAAACAGCUAGAUCUAACAACUAGAAGCAUGAAAUUACAUCAGUGUGAUCAUAUUGCCUCUGCAGUUGACAACAGCAACUCAUAUGUUCACUAAUGUUUCUUCAGAAUAACUCUAGAAAUUGAUGACAGAAGGCAAUACCAGUCAGGGGGCAGGUCACCAAACAUCCAUAUAUCGUUUCACACUAAAUAAGUCCAGUUUUCAAAUGAAUGAUGGUUUGACCAUUGACAAAAUUGCAGCCCGAUUUCUACUCAGGCACAGCCUUUUUAACACAAAGUUACAAUCCAAAUUAUGCUCGGGCUUGGUCUCCAAAGUAUUAAGUUCAAUAUAGGAGGUGAAAAGUGUAAGAAGCCAGUCUUGUAAUACAUAAUGAUUUAGUCUUCCUUUAUUUGCCUUACGAUCAUUAUUCUUUAACCAAUGUCAUCAGUACAGUAUGUAAGUAGGAAUCAGUUCAUGGCACUCUUGAGAACUGGCUGUGUAAAUAAGUUACUUCAAAGUGUGUGUAUAUAUAUAUGUGUGUGUGUGUGUGUGUGUGUGUGUGUGUGUGUGUGUGUGUGUGGAGGAUGUUAGGUGGACAGUUGUUUGAAUGUUAAUUACACUAGUAUCAUACUGUUGUUCAUGCUUUUAUAAUGUGUCUUAUUGUAUUAUUAGUCAUUAUUUAAAAAAGAAAUAUUAGACAAAAUUGCUGGCCAGUACUUACCUUCAGGAGAUGAAAUGUAUAGUACUGCCAGUAGGGGUGUGUGUGUGUGUGUGUGUGUGUGUGUGUGUGUGUGCGCGCGCGCGCCCACACACACACAUACACACACACACUAUUAUAGGUUUUGGAACUAUUACUUCCAUUCUUAGGAAGUAGAAAAAGAUAUGUGGGUCACAACAGGUGGGUCCCUCUCAUUCUGGUGUCUGUGUAACCUGUCCUUCCUUUUUAACUAUACAUAGUAUAUCGAUCCCACCCUCCUCUCUUUGGCAAAGGUACUAAUAAAGCUAGAAUUUUGUGUGUGUGUGUGUUUGUGUUUGUCACUCUGUCUGUCUGUUUUCGCCUCCUGAAGGAAAGUACAUGCCAACAAAUCUGUUUCAUAACCUUUUUUUUUUAAGUAAAUUUUCUUUUGACACAAUUUGUCAUCAUUUAUCAAAGUUUAAGAUUCUGAGGUAAAUGAUUUUCAUGAUUAAUGACAUUUGAUGUGGUUAGAUUAAUUAUAAUGCACCAUAAGAAAUGAUAGGUUGUGUUCAAUUUGCUUAUUUAGGCUAGAUAAAAGAGAAGUACAUAAUUUUCAAAAUAAUAUUUUCUACUACUGAAAAAGUGGUGCUAAGAUUCACAAAAUAAUUAUUCCUUAAGUGAAAUAUAAGUUGUUUUUCCCUCCAACUCGAGUAACACAAUAGCAACAGUUUAAAAAUUAAAUGUUCAAGUGUGCUGUAGACAAUUAUGUGGUGUUAGAUACAUGUUUUAUCAUUAAUUGGUGAUAGUAUUCAACAGCUGGAAUGAACGGAGUCUGUUGUACAUGUGUGAAGCAAAUUCUGGUGGAAAAAUUCACAUUUGGAAGAUAAGUUACUGGAUUCUAUGCAUCUCAGUUCUGUGAAAUGCCACAGCUAUAUUAAGUGUGAUAAUUGUGAAAAUAACAUAAAAAUCGUAUUUCUGUAUGUUCAAAGAUGUUAAUACCUUUCCCGUGGCUACAUUAUUGCCAGUAAAUUGUGAAUGACUUUUAUGUCUUGGCCUUGUGGUCUUCCCAUCCAUUCCAUAAGGGGAACAUACUUGGGCCUUGUUUGGUAGUCAUGUUUAUGUUUACAUCCUACCUUUGGAUCAUGUUUAUAGUACAGUAGAAACUAGAAUAAUAGGAAGACCAAGAAUUUCUUGUGGAAGUAAUAGUCUGGUGCAACAUUACAUCAACCUCAUCAACAAAACUGUGCUGAAGAUGAAGACAGAGUUUAUCAUAUGUCUUUUUAAUUUAUAAUUCAUUUGAAAAUUCAUUGGCUUAGAGAGCCUUUUCUUUGAAAAUAUUUUGCAUCUAGUUUCCUUGUCACCACAUAUUUCUACAGAUGAUAGCACUGUUUAUACCAUAUUUAGAAUAGCAGUGCUAUUGCUGACGUAUCUUUGUAUUACUUGUGAUUCAACAUGCCCUAUAAAAAAAUCUUUGGUUUUAUGUGAGUUUACAUGCCACUUCUGCAGUUGUAUAUGUCAUCAUGUAACAUGUUAAUUUUUUUGUAUCACUAGCUUUGCCUUAUGAGUAUGUGUUGGGAAUAUAUAUUGUAUCAUCCAUGCUAGUAAAAAAAACAAAAAUUCUUGAAGUGAAGGGCACUUGGGCCUUUGCAGGAGACUAGUGACCUUGAUAUCUAAACUGAAGAAUUGUCAGGCUUAGUAACAUUUGGUUUUAUGUAAACAGAUUGUAGGUGUCAGCUUCACAACCACCUUUGAAUAAAAGAAAAAGUGACAGACAGGACAAAUAGCCAAAACCCUAUGACACUUUGUGUGUCAUGGUUCUUCUUAAGCUCUGAUAAUGCACGUAAAGCUGAGUCGGUAUGUGGUUUAAAUAAAACAAAAUUUGACAGAAACUGUAGCUGCUUCAGUUUUAAAAAGAAGGUUGUUAUGUGGUGCAAGCAGAGGGUCUUUUUCAGUGAUAACAAUAGGAAAAUGUUUAAAACAUUCUCAGACUUGCUGCAUCAGUUCAGGGUAAAACUUUGAGCUUUCAUUGAUUACCUGCAUCAUCAGGAGCAACUGGCUAUCAAAACAGCUGCUGUGGCGGUCUUAUACAGCCCAAAAUCGGCUUCUGAUUGGUUGGUAAUUACAUAAUGUCAUUUCAGAUGGUGUCAACUUCUGCAUUGGUGGCACCACCACUCUGGCUGUAGUGUAAACAUUGCAACAAACCUCUGUUGCUGUAUUCUGCAUCAAGAGCUCGCUUCCAUGCCCCUCUAAGAUUAUAGCUGCUGUCACGCUUGAAGAUCUUCUCUCACAUUCUUAUUUCUACAGCCUCUGUGCUUAGAGACUCUAAGCAUAUAAAAGCCUGGGAAAAACUUGUGUUUUGUCAAAUUGUAUUUUAUGUUUGUUUGUGAGGCUGUGCACAGCAACUGCAGAUUUCUCCAGUUCUCAAUUUUGUAGAGUAUUGCUGAUGUCCUGCACAGUGGUCAUAAAUCGUGCAAAUGGUCUGAUUGAUGUAAUUGCUUCUGCGCUCACAACCUAUGUAAUUGCUUCUGCGCUCACAACGGAUGUUGUAAAUUCCAGGGAUCCUGAGGUCGAGGCUACCCUUAACAAGUUGUAGCAUCUCCUUUAUCUUCUUAGAAGGUCAGAAAAUAGAUAUUGUACCUUGUCUUCCAAGGCUCUUCGUAUUUUGCUAGAUAGAGUACCACAGAAAGGAAGGAAUGCAAUUGGUGCAUCAUCAUGUGAAUAUUCAAGAUUUUCACGUAUCCUUUUCUCGGAGAAUGCUGACUUCAUAUCAGUGACCCAUAGCGAUUGUGUCGGUACACAUACUUCAGAUGAUUAAUUUCAGAAUCCAGGUAGUCCUUGUCAGAAAUAGUUUUCGCUCUAUGUACUGGAGUAAGUAUUUAAAACUGAUCUCUUUUCAUCUUGAAGUAUGUGCAUUAAAUUUGGCUCUCCUUGUUGAUCUUAAUUUUCUUGUUAUUUUGACAACACAUUUAUGGUCCAGCCACACAGUGUAGCAGUUCUUGAACAUAUGGACAGUGUGCACCCAAACUGUUCACUUUUGAGACAGAGAAACAAGGAAGGCUGCCAUUGUUAGAUUUUUUGGUACAUUGGAAGUCAGACGGGUGUCUUGGUCAAAGGAAACGUGAAAAUUUUGAGUAUUCUCAUGAUGAAGCACCGAUCACACUCCUUCCUAUCUGUGGCACUCUAUCCAGCAAAGUAGGAAGAAUCCUGGGAAGAGGAGUUACAAGAUGUGUUUUCCAACCUCCUAAGAAAAUAGAGGAGUUGCUACACACUGUUAAGGAGAGUCUCAGCUUCAGGAUCCCUGAGAUUUACAACAUCCCUUAUGAGUGUGGAUGCAAUCACAUAGGUCAGUCCAUCCACAUCGUUUCCGAACACUGUCAAGGAAAUCAAAGGCAUAUUAGAAAUCGAGGACUGAAGAGAUCUGCAGUUGCUGAGUGCAGCCUCACAAACAAACAUAAAAUACUAUUUGACAAAAUGGAAGUCUUGUUCCAGGCUUCUGCAUACUGGGACUCUGUAAUAAUGAAGCUGUAGAAGUAAGAAUGUGUCAGAAGAUCUUCAACCUUAACAGUGGCUAUAAUCUUAGUGGUGCAUGGAAGUGUCUCAAUGCAGAGAAGAACUGGAGAUGUUCAUUGCAAUGUUUAUGCAAAGGUGCCACCAAUGCAGCUGUUGCCACCAUCAGCAACGGCAUUAUGUAAUUACUGACCAAUCAGAAGCCUUCUGUUGGCUAUAUAAGGCCACUACAGCAGCAGUUUUGACAGUCCGUUGCUCCUAACGAUGGAGGUAAUCAUCAAAAUCUGAAGGUUUUACCUUGAACUGAUGCAGCAAGAAGUUUGAGAAUGUUUUAUACAACAGUGCCACUGCAAAAAACUUCAUUCUCAAGAGGAAACUGGCUAAAUAAAAAUGAGUCUAAAAGAUAGAUUCUUGUCACUUUUUCUUCUUUCUCUGCUUCUUUCCUUCUGUCUUGUCUUCAUCCACUGCUUACUUGUCGAAUCACAUACCUUGUCUUCUUUCAGUGCAGUCCCUUUCUUUCUCUGAUGGCUCUCAGUUACUGUUGCCCAGUUAGUGUUCUGAUUUUUUCAUCAUUUUGCUUUUCCACUCUUUUAUCCCUUAGCCCCAUCAUGAGCAUUAUCUGGAAUUUUUCCUUUCCAUAUAUAAUUUUUUUGGGGUUGUGAGUGAGUUCUUUAUCUGUAUCUUGUCUGCUGAUGCGUGUUUUGACAUUACCAUUUAACAGUGAUUUCCCCUAUGUAUGUCAUACCUUGUAGUGCAGAUUUCAUGUGAAAGAGCCCACAGAUGCAUGUAUUAUUCAUGUAGCUGAAGUGAAAAUCAUAUUUAUGCAGUGAAAGAUUGCAUUUGAGUCAUACAAAGGAGUCAUAAUUGAUUGCAAUCAGUUGGGUAUCGCUGUACCUGACUGAAGAGGCAAUCAGUAACACAUGCCAAUUUUUAGUAAACUUUGUACGUUUUUGUACAGUCCUUCAAUAUUAACUUUGGUUAUUUACUUUUACAGCCAUCAUUUGUUGAAUUUUAUUACUGUUAAUUUGUGUGUUUGUGAAUGUGCAUGUUUGUGUUCAUAAUUUUUAUGAGCAGUUUUGUACUAAAUAUUGUACAGUGUGUGGAAAAAGUCCUAUUAAAUGAAGUUUCAGCGUGUAUUGUUUAUUGAUUAAAUUCCAUAAAAAUAUACUUCAUGUAGCACAUUUCUCACUGAAUUACCAACAGGUAUAUCUGACCUUUUUGUCUGUUCAAGUGGCCUAAAAAUGUUUCCAGAUGAAAUCAGUCUUGUAAAAUCAUCAGUUCCAAGUGU